AUGCUAAACGAGUUUUUGGUUGGUUCUACGUUCUUGAAGGUCUAGAGAAAAAGGGAUUUUUAUUAUGGAAGAUAAAUAUUGGAAUCUUUAGAAAAAAAUUACAAUGGGAUUAUUGAUGCACCUAAUUCUUCAAAUUAGAAUAAUUUUAAUGAUGAAUUAUGA